AUGAUGGAUGAUGAUGGACCAAGGUAUCUCCUGUCCCAGAGCUACGAGAUGGGCCCCCGGGGCAAAGCCCCGGCCCCGGGCAAGGGUCGGGGCCACCGCAAGGAGAAGCUGGAGGACAUGAAGAAGGAAAUGGAUGUGGAUGACCACAAGCUGGACACCAACGACCUGGAGACCAAGUACAGCACCAGCAUCACCAAGACCCCCAGUGCCACCCCUUGCCAGGCAGCCGAAAGGCUCCUUCGGGAUGGUCCCAACGAGCUCCGUCCCCCCCGGGGCACCCCCGAGUGUGUCAAGUUUGGGCGUCAAUUGGCCGGGGGCCUCCAGUGCCUCAUGUGGGUGGCAGCAGCCAUUUGCCUCAUCGCUUAUGGGGUGCAGGAGGGCGAGGGUGACCGCGGCAGCUCCGACAACCUGUACCUGGCCAUCGCCCUCAUCGCCGUCGUGGUGGCCGGCUGCUUUGGCUACUACCAGGAGUUCAAGAGCACCAACAUCAUCGCCAGCUUCAAGAACCUGGUCCCUCAGCAAGCCACAGUGAUCAGAGAAGGUGAGAAGCUCCAGAUCAACGCCAACGAGCUGGUGGUUGGAGACCUGGUGGAGAUCAAGGGAGGAGACCGUGUCCCGGCCGACAUCCGCAUCAUCUCAGCCCAGGGCUGCAAGGUGGACAACUCGUCCCUGACCGGGGAGUCGGAGCCUCAGACGCGGUCACCCGAGUGCACCCAUGAGUCACCCCUGGAGACAAGGAACAUCGCCUUCUUCUCCACCAUGUGCUUGGAAGGCACGGCCAUGGGCCUGGUGAUCAACACAGGGGACAGGACCAUCAUUGGCCGCAUCGCCAGCCUGGCCUCUGGGGUGGAGAACGAGAAGACCCCGAUCGCCAUCGAGAUCGAGCACUUUGUGGACAUCAUCGCCGGGCUCGCCAUCUUCUUCGGUGCCACCUUCUUCGUGGUGGCCAUGGUCAUCGGGUACCCCUUCCUGCGCGCCAUGGUCUUCUUCAUGGCCAUCGUGGUGGCCUACGUGCCCGAGGGGCUGCUGGCCACCGUUACGGUCUGCCUGUCAUUGACGGCCAAGCGGCUGGCGCGCAAGAACUGUGUGGUGAAGAACCUGGAAGCAGUGGAGACCUUGGGCUCCACGUCCACCAUCUGCUCCGACAAGACCGGGACCCUCACCCAGAACCGUAUGACCGUGGCUCACCUCUGGUUCGACAACCACAUCCACACGGCCGACACCACCGAGGACCAGUCCG